GAGGGGAGUGAUUUCUGUUUCCAUUGGGCCCGCAGAUGCCAGUCACCUCAGCCAGCGCGUGGCUCCGCCCCUCGCCAAGCCACCGGGCCCCGCCUUCCGCCCGCCCGUCCGCCGGCGCGCGGAGACUGCAAAGCUCCGGCGCAAAAUCCUGCGGGAAGAGGGGGUGGGGCGACGCAUCUGAAGGGAGCGCGCCCGCGGGCAGCCUGCUCUGCUUCUGGCUCCACGGCUUCCCGCGGCGGCGGCGCUCUCCCUGCUCUCUCCCGCGCGCCCUCCAAGCCGCCUCCUAGCGGCGCGGCGCCGGCUCCUACGCCUACAAUGACGAAUGUGUGAUUUCAGUGGAAUAAAUGGCGUCCAAAGUUACAGAUGCUAUUGUCUGGUAUCAGAAGAAGAUAGGGGCAUAUGAUCAACAAAUAUGGGAAAAAUCUGUUGAACAAAGAGAAAUCAAGGGGUUAAGGAAUAAACCAAAGAAAACAGCACAUGUGAAACCAGAUCUCAUAGAUGUUGAUCUUGUAAGAGGGUCUGCAUUUGCUAAGGCAAAACCUGAAAGUCCUUGGACUUCACUGACUAGAAAGGGAAUUGUUCGAGUGGUAUUUUUUCCAUUUUUCUUCCGGUGGUGGUUACAAGUAACAUCAACAGUCAUCUUUUUCUGGCUUCUUGUCCUUUAUCUUCUUCAAGUUGCCGCAAUAGUAUUAUUCUAUUCUGCUUCAAGUCCACAUAGCAUACCUCUGACUGAAGUGAUCGAGCCAAUAUGGCUUAUGCUGCUCCUGGGAACUGUACACUGCCAGAUUGUGUCAACAAGAACACCCAAGCCGCCUCUAAGUACAGGGGGUAAAAGAAGAAGGAAAUUAAGAAAAGCAGCACAUUUGGAAGUACAUAGAGAAGGAGACGGUUCGAGUACCACAGAUAACACGCAGGAGGGAGCAGUUCAGAGCCACGGGACCAGCUCCACUUACAGUGUUGGUGCUGUCUUCAGAGACCUCUGGCAUGCUGCUUUCUUCUUCUCAGGAUCCAAGAAAGCAAAGAAUUCGAUUGACAAAUCCACUGAGACCGACAAUGGUUAUGUAUCCCUUGACGGAAAAAAGACUGUUAAAAGCAGUGAGGAUGGAGUGCAAAAUCACGAACCUCAGUGUGAGACUCUUCGGCCAGAAGAGGCAGCCUGGAACACAGGAGCUAUGAGGAACAUCUCCAACAAAGCACAUGAUACCCAACGGACAGUAACAAAUGUCUCUGAUGAAGUCUCCAGUGAGGACGGUCCUGAAGCGGGAUACCCAUUACGCCGUCAUGUUGACAGGACAUCUGAGAACAUUCUUCGGAACAGAAAGUCACACCAUUAUAAGAAACACUAUCCUAGUGAGGAUGCCCCUAAAUCGGGUACUAGUUGCAGCUCUCGCUGUUCAAGUUCCAGACAGGAUUCUGAGAGCACAAGGCCAGAAUCUGAAACAGAAGAUGUAUUAUGGGAAGACUUGUUACACUGUGCAGAAUGCCAUUCAUCUUGUACCAGUGAGACAGAUGUGGAAAAUCCUCAGAUUAAUCCAUGUGUGAAAAAAGAAUAUAGAGACGACCCUUUUCAUCAGAGUCAUUUACCCUGGCUCCAUAGUCCCCACCCAGGAUUAGAAAAAAUAAGUGCAAUAGUGUGGGAAGGCAAUGACUGUAAGAAAGCUGACAUGUCCGUACUUGAAAUCAGUGGCAUGAUUAUGAACAGAGUGAACAGUCAUAUACCAGGAAUAGGAUACCAGAUUUUUGGAAAUGCAAUUUCUCUAAUCCUGGGUUUAACUCCAUUUGUUUUCCGACUCUCUCAAGCCACAGACUUGGAACAACUCACAGCGCAUUCUGCAUCAGAACUUUAUCUGAUUGCAUUUGGUUCUAAUGAAGACGUUAUAGUUCUUUCUAUGGUUAUAAUAAGUUUUGUGGUUCGUGUAUCUCUUGUAUGGAUUUUCUUUUUCUUGCUCUGUGUAGCAGAAAGAACUUAUAAACAGCGAUUACUGUUUGCAAAACUCUUUGGACAUUUAACAUCAGCAAGGAGGGCUAGAAAAUCUGAGGUUCCUCAUUUCCGAUUGAAGAAAGUACAGAAUAUAAAAAUCUGGCUCUCUCUUCGUUCCUAUCUUAAGCGUCGAGGUCCUCAACGUUCAGUUGAUGUAAUAGUUUCAUCUGCUUUCUUAUUGACUAUCUCAGUUGUAUUUAUCUGUUGUGCCCAGUUGCUUCAUGUACAUGAAAUCUUCCUUGAUUGUCACUACAAUUGGGAGCUGGUAAUCUGGUGCAUCUCAUUAACACUUUUUCUUCUAAGAUUUGUUACCCUUGGCUCAGAAACAAGUAAAAAAUAUAGCAAUACCUCAAUAUUACUUACUGAACAGAUAAACCUCUACUUGAAAAUGGAGAAGAAACCUAACAAAAAAGAGGAACUGACACUUGUGAAUAACGUUUUAAAACUGGCUACUAAACUGCUAAAGGAAUUAGACAGUCCUUUUAGGUUAUACGGGCUUACCAUGAACCCACUGCUUUAUAACAUCACGCAGGUCGUCAUCCUCUCAGCUGUUUCUGGUGUCAUCAGUGACUUGCUUGGAUUUAAUUUAAAGCUGUGGAAGAUUAAAUCAUGACAAUUCAGAGAAAAGAAGACGUAGCCUCUUUUCCAGAAUAAGAGUACCAACUAAGCUGCCUGAAACAGUCUCCAACACUUGACUUCAGGAGCCUCAGCUGGGAAAUUGAAGUGUUUACAUCACACUGUGUUGUGCAAUUCUUAUAUUUAUUUGACUUGUUCACUGUUAGUUGUUUUUUUGUUGUUGUUGUUUUGGUUUGGUUUUGUUUUUACAUUUAUUUUAGUCUUUAUAUUUUAUUUUGAAGCAUUGAUGUUCUUAGUUGUUGAAAGGGUGAUAAAACUGAUAACCCAGAUACUUGAGAUCCUGGUAAUUGCUCAUAAAUAAUUGAGAAGAUAACUCAUGAGACUCGAAGCCAUUGCGAAGCACUAUUUCUCCAUCGAUGCCGUGAACUUGCCUUACCUGAAGAAAAGUUCCUUGACUUUAGAAUAUUGCUUUGGACUCCGCUAAACAUACAAAGCAUUUUCUUCGGUAAAUCAAGAUCCAGUCAGGGUUUCUCUUGAAUUAUUUUGGAACAAUGCCAGGAUCUAAACUGAUUAAGCUGCAGUUUAAGCACCCUCAGUAUUAAUGUAUAUGUGGUGUUACAUAACAUAACAGGUCAACAAGUGCUCUUUGAUGAUAAAACUUUUAAUAGAGCAAUAAUUGUAAAUGGUUACCAUACUGUAAGAUAUUUUGAUAAAAAUUAACUAGUAAUGUAUUUAUUUGAAACACUGGGCUGUUUGCACAGCUCUAACUGUGCAUGCUCAAAAUGUGCACUUUUUAAAAUUGUUACUUUUAAUGCAUAUCUUUAUAUGGAAUAUGUUAUAGUGUACUAGGGCAUGAAAUGGUAUCCUUUUGAGUGAGGUAUAUACUCAUCUCACAAGUGAAGUGCCUAUUGAUAUUACUACAGUACAUUUUGUUUACUAAAGUAAAAUAAUUUUCUUCCCAUGGUACACUAUGGUGUAUGCUAUUCAUGCCACACUCAAAUGAAGAAUUUAAGAAUAGUUUUAGAACCAGUAAAAUAUUCCUCCGAUUGCAAAUUAUAAAACUACAACUAAUUUUUCAGAAAAUUAUCUUCAGCUUGCAAAUUCCACCCUCCAAACUUAAUAUGGUACAUUUUUCCUUCCCCCCUUCCCCCCAUUUUUAUAAGGGCUAUUUUAGAUGCUUUUAACCUGUAUGUUUAACCCAGCCCCUGGACAAUUAAUUUUCUAAGUAUCUAAAUGAGGACUCACUGUGUUGGCAUGUUAGGUAAAUAGGGUGAAUAUGGUGGUAUCUUACAUCAGGCCUUGAUAUUAAUUUGUCUUAUUUGUACAAUCAAGAAUAUUUUAGAAAUGACAUAAAUAUGAAGUGGUUUUGCAAUUUUUUUUUAAUAAAAACUUGGCAUCUAGUUUCUAAAGCAAAUUUAUUUGAAACAAUCUAGAAUUUUCUUGGUGCAAGAUGUAUCAUGAUGAGUAUCUUUACAUUUUUACCGUAUUUUAGGAGAUUUAAAAUAAUUGCUAAUGAUUUAUUUGAUUGGUGCAGUUCUAAUUCCCCAAAUCAUACAUCUUAAGACCAGGAAUGUGUAAAACAACAGAGCCAUGCCAUGUCAUGAUAGCUCUUUGUCUUACCAUUCCUUCUGAUCAGCCUCAGUUCAGCCUAGUUGUAUAGUAUAUUUUAUUUCUGUAGAAAACAGCAUAAAGCUUUUUGUUUUAUUUGCCUGUGUUCUAAUGUGUUUAAUAAUGACCAAAGUGCAUUCUGAGUCUCUUCAAGGAAUGUAUUACUGGAGCUUUAAGAACAUGCUUAUUUUCUCAUGUGAAAAAUUAGGCUUUGUUUCUUCUUCCACUAUUGUCUAAUGUUGAGGUUGUUUUUAGGAAUUAUAUUUUAUAAACUUUUUCAUAAUAAGGUACAUACCUAUACAGAACUUAACAUUUUGCACAGAAUAUAUCAAAUAUAUUUUGAAAAAAAAAAGUACAGCAUGAGUUCUGUUAGGAAUAAAAGAUGAAACUAUUGUAUCUCACCAAAAAAAAAAAAAAGCCUAUUUCAGAAUGGAAAUUAUUUUUGAGAAAAGUAGCUGAGUAUACUGAUUUAGUAUACUCAUUUAGUAUAAUGCUUGUUUUGGAUUGAAACUCAUUUUAACUUAGAGUUGGAAGUUGAUUUAUUAAGUAAGUAUACCUCUCCACAACUUAAUAAUAAUAUGUUGUAUUAUGUUACUAAUGUGAACAGCAGUAGAAUACUAAAAGAAAAAGUUGGCAUUUAAAGCAACUUCUGAACAUUAAAGGAACUGUUUUCAAAGCAGAAAAGUUGACAUUGCUGCCUUUAAAAAUACCAUGAAUGUAAAAAAUUGAAAGAAAUUGUCAUAAACAGAAAUGGCAGUUUAGAGACAGAAUUGUAGCCGAUGUUUUGUGUCAACUGUUGUUUCUUUGCCACAUGUAUUUAAGAGUUUGAACACCAAGUUUUAAAUAAAACUUUCUAUGACUGACGGUUUUAAGUUGGCGGUAUUUUUUAAAUAUCCAAGUUAUGUAUAUAUGUAUGUAUACAAUAUAAAUAUAUAUAUUUCUAUGGUGA